UCGUACUAUAGAAUUCCUAAAUCAGCAUUAAUACAUCCGUAUGCUUAUUAUCAUGUUCACGCAUCGUAAUGCUCAUUUAUGUAGAAUAGAGAGAUAUGAAAUAAUCAUAUUUUCCAAUAGUGACAUAAAUGAUAUAAUAGCGAAUUAUUCGUAACGAGACGAAUGUGUGGAAUCUAAAGAAUCUUCCAAGCUGUCGAGUGUUUCGCGGUUCUUAUUUUCACCGUGAUUUCUCUCGGCACUGUGAUACCAGGUUACACGAGUCCAGUCGUAUUAAACUUGCAUUCGCACACGCGUAUAUGUAAGCAUCCUAUACACGUUUGGCCCCGAGGAAAGAUAAAUGCGCGCCUGUAUGCGUUCGUCUAGUAGGUAAGUAGAGUGUCGCAAUGAUAGAAGUGAGAAAUCUGUCGUUACAGACGUACGACCGCUUGACACGACCUGCGAAGAGGCAACGGAAUACGUAUUGUACAUUAUAUCAGUUUAUUGCUGGUCUUAACAUUUCCCAAGGAUGCAUGCGCUUCCUGUUUUAACAGAUAACGCACGCGUUGCGUUUGAUGGAACGUGGAUUAAUUCUUUCCGGCAAUGAGAUCUCGCAAAUCUUGUCCCUAAUAUUAACGUACUAUGGUGGCUCGGGUCAUCGUCCAAGGUGGAUCGCUAUCGGCGUUGGUCUCAGUGGCGUCUCGUGUCUAGUCCUCGCGCUUCCACAUUUUUUGUACGGACCCGGACGAGACGCCUUAUCACUGACGAAGGAAUACCUCGACCAGACGUUGCUGAACGCAACCACCGUUCCCCAGGAUUUGGCGAUUUGUCCACGAGUCAUCAAACCGGACCACUGCGACGACGAGAUGCUGUUAGACGUCAGCGUUCUCCCACGACUCCUAGUAUUUCUGUCCCAAUUUAUCCUCGGAAUUGGCACCACUCUUUAUUACGGUCUCGGCCAGACUUACCUGGACGAUAACACAAAGAAAAAGAAUACUCCUAUGCUCCUAGGUUUCACUUUUGCACUAAGAACAGUAGGUCCAGCGAUAGGGUUCUUGCUGGGUUAUGCUUGUCUCAGUUUGUACAUCGAUCCCAGUCUGCAUCCUGUGAUUACGAAGAAGGAUCCACGAUGGUUGGGCGCGUGGUGGCUCGGUUGGAUCAUCCUAGGCGUAUCUAUGGGCAUGUUUGCCAUUCUGAUGGCCACGUUUCCACGUAAUCUCCCGGCAGCGAAAGAUGUAACAAAUGACACUGCCAAGAAAGAAAAGACCGAGGAUGGUAACAUUCCUCUAAAACUGCAACUGACCGCACAGGAACAAUAUAUGAGGCCGCUGGAACCAAGAAGGUCUCUAGAGAUUGAAUACAUUCCAACCAUACGCGAAUUUCCAGCGACUAUGAAAAGAUUGUUAACGAAUUGGCUGUUAACGUGCAACAAUCUAAGCGCCGUGUUCUAUAUCUUAGGCGACGCGCCUUACUUCAUCUUUCUGGCAAAAUAUCUUGAGGUCCAGUUCAGUACAUCUGCUGCUAGUGGCACCGUGAUUGCAGGCCCAGUAUCACUCCUUGGUAUGAUAUCAGCAUUCCUGAUUUCUGGUGUGAUCAUAAGCAAAUUCAAGCCUGGUCCGAGACCGCUGCUAGCUUGGAACGUGUUUGUCGGCAUUUGCUUCGUCGCCGGACAAUUACUCUUCAUAUUCCUCGGCUGCUCCGAUGAUGUCGGCAUUAAAGGUCUCAAUAUAGACACUAUGCAGAUGAAUCUGACGUUCAGUUGCAAUGUCGACUGUAAUUGCGACGGUAUUAAAUACUCGCCAGUUUGCCACGUGGCGUCGAAGACGACCUUUUUUUCCGCCUGCCACGCAGGGUGUCGGACAAUAAUUAACGACAAAGAGUUUGGAAACUGCAGCUGCAUCCCCUUAUCGGGCACUGAGAAUAGUCACGAUCAAUGGAACGAUUCGCACAUGAAUUUCGACACAGUCAGUGCUGGCCCUUGCACGAACGACUGCAGUCGUCCUCAUCUGCUCUUCGUCGUGCUCUUUUGCCUCAUACAAACUUUGGCGUGCUCCGGGAAAAUCGGCAACGUCCUGGUUAAUUACCGCAGCGUGGAAAAAAAAGAUAAGAGCUUCGCGCAGGGUAUCAUGCUGAUGACCAUUUCCCUGUUUGCGUUAAUACCGGCUCCAAUUAUGUACGGAGCCAUUAUUGACUCAACCUGCUUGAUUUGGGAGGAGUCCUGCGGCUCCAGAGGGAACUGCUGGUUUCACCACGGAAGGAACUUCCGAUAUAUGGUUAAUAUUUCGUCAGCAGGAUUCUCGAUAAUAGGCGUACUAUUCGACGUAGCGGUCUGUUAUCUUGGGAAAAAUUUGGAUUUAUACGGCGCCCACGAAGCCGACAGACGUCGCGAGUUUGUUAAAGACGAUGCCUCGUCGCCGGCCGCCGACGGCGAGACGAAGAAAGAAAUGAACGGGAAAGUAAACUCAUAACAUCAAACAGUAAUCCUUUCUGCCAAUUGCAUGUUACGAUGCACCAUAUGAAAUUCGAAAUUUUAUCCUCCAGUUUGGAACACUUUUCGCGAUGUUACACAUAUCAUGACUAAUAUCUGAUUUCAACAGUGAUGUUGAGGAGCAACGUUUUUAACGUGCCAUCACAUGCCCUGUCGAAUAGUUAGUUAAGAAGUCGAUUACAAGUUGAAUCGAGAGUAUUUUAAUUAAUAUGUUACUACAUAUAUUAUACAGACUGCUGAUAUACUUGCACGAUUGUACAACGCUAUUUCUACCUUUAUUUGUAAAUAAAACACGUAUUUUUAUUAAAUUAUU